ACGUGUGAAAAGUACAUUACACUGAAAGAGGCCCUACCGGCACACCCGUCCUGGCCGUGUCCUUCUUCACCGGAUUACAGUUUCACCUGUUCCCAUACUGGGGGGUGUGAGCGCUGGUAGCCCACUGCCAAAGUACCCCCCUCCUCCGUCCUAACAGUGGUCUCGUCCGGUGUCCUCUCUUAGUCUAGAGCUCUGGCCUCACACGGUGACAGGUGAGAACGGGCCUGCGUUACCGCAGCGGAUAACGGGAGCCAAGGUUACAGGUGUAAGGAGCAGGGUUUCUAGAGAUAGGGGCCACCAUGGUGAAUAUUGUCGCGUACAUCCGGGAGGCGUGGACCUACGCACUGCUGCCCGCAGGAGCCGCCCUCGGAUACUAUCUGGAUAAAUGGAAUGAUUCCAAGCUGAUGCUUUACAAGAAUAAGAGCAAACUCUUCCAGAGGGAACUGAAACCCAAUGAAGAGGCCUGGAAGUAAAGCAAGGAGGGGGCUGAGACUAACCAUUUUAGUUUUUCCAUAUUUUUUGGAAGUCGAGAGCUUCAAGUGCGGAACACGUUGAUGUGUAAUAAAUACUAUUUGGAUUAAAUUAUAUUUACAGC